AUGAGAAUUCUGAAAGCAGAAGGUAUUGACUGCCAGAGCUAUGGCCGUGGGGCCCAUCUUGCUUCUCUCCUCAGUCUGACAGAGUCAGAUCUCAUCGCCAAUCACAUCUCAAGUUACCAAAAAGAGAAAAGCAAUGUCUGGAUUGGACUCCAUGAUCCCCGUCAGAAUCACAGAUGGAGGUGGACUGAUGCAUCAGUCUACAGUUAUAACUCCUGGUACAAAUACAAGUCAAAGAACGGUAGCAAUAACGAAUACUGUGUGGAAUUGCUUCUAAAUUCAGGUCAUAAAGAGUGGAACGAUAUUUCGUGUCGAACUCUUAAUACUUACAUCUGCAAGUAUGAACGCUAGAGGAGGCGGCAGCUUCCAGCGAAGCCUUCUUGAAUGUUGAAUGCUUGGAUCAAUUGGCUUCAGAUGCUGUUACCUCUUCCCAGUCAAACAAGCAAUCCACCUCCACCGUCUUCCAAAAGCACCAUCAGAGAAUUUACUUCCUUGGAAACUGCGUUCUGAUACUCUGCAGAAAAUUAAUAAACUCCC